AUGGCCACCGAAGAGACAGUCCAGCUCAACGAGGCCCACGCGCCGCAUCAAGCCUCAAUCGAUGCUUUCAGCUCCAUCCUCGACUCCGUGAAGCAGGAGCUCGUCAAGCUGCGUCGCGAUCACGACAAACACGAACCCGAAUACUUCCGCGCCAUAAAAGACCUCUCAGACUCGGACCUUGCCUCCUUCUCAGCCCAAAACCUCGAAUCUGUCCGUGUAGCUGCCUCCGCAUACGGCCUGCACAUCUUCGGCAAGGUCCAGAUACCCGCGGCUAGCGGUGCGUACAUUCAUGUGCGCAUCUUUGGCUCAGCGAAGGACGGUACAGAUGGCAGCAGCGCUGAUGAGCGCGAGUACAAGCUUCACAGCAUCCAUACGGAAGAAGUCAUCAAGGAGGAUGGUGACAGGGUGUACCGAGCUAUUUUCAAGAAGGACGACCCUCUAGAGUGGUUCGAUACCUAGAGGUAGUAGCUACAGUCUAAUUGAAAUGUUCUCAUCGAAGCUAUAUUGCCAGUCUUGAUAGUCUUCUUGUGGUUCGGAAGCCAAUACUUGCGAAUAUCCUACCAAUAUUUUCCUACCUUCAACUUCCGCAUCGUACAUAGGGUCAAACAAUAGCUAUCUGAAUAAGACCGUACUGCGUGCACAGGUUUCUAAAUU